AUGGGCAUAGAGACGCUGGUGUAUGCUGCGUUGGUUUCGCUGUUGGGAGUCGCACCUGGAAUCGAAGGAUCAUACCAAGAGAAUACGAACCAUGGAAACGUUCUGCAUCACGUAUUGAGAGUCGUCCAUCCAGCGGAAGCGAAUGAAAACUUUCAAGCGUCGCCGGAGGUAUUUCAACGUCAUCAGCAGCAGCCUCUAGAGUACUAUCAGCCAGAACAGCCGCAGGACCAGCUGUUUCAGCAAGUGGCCAAGCAACAGUAUGUGGUACAUUCUGGGCACGACAUUGCUUCACAUCAGCCCACCGACCAACAGCAGCAACGCCAAAUCGCACUUCCGUACAAUAAUCAACGACUGCACGUGAAUGUCGAUUAUCAGCGGGGGCCUCACUCUCAAGCGCAUUCGCAUCCGCACCCGCUUCCGAUUUCCCACCAUCAGCAGCUGGCACUGGAGCCGAAGAAGGACUACCGGGAACUGAUUCCCAAAAGUAUUGCCCCGAAGUUGAACCCGUUGCAUCACUCCUUUCACCAGAAGCGAAACUUCGUUCCGUUGCAUCACAUUACGCGCCAGGUGCCAGUUCCGCCAGCACAGCACGCUUUUCCGAACGGACAUCAGCAGGUAAAGAUUGUUCAAAAGGCACCAACUCAGAAGAAGGAAGCUUCGGGAUAG